CCUGGAACAUGAUCAAAUGGAAUAUACAUUAAAUGACAUAUUAACAACAUUAAAUAACAUUACAAAUAAAACAGCUUAGAAAACCAAAAAAACAGGCAGUAAAGAAAUACACUCAAUAAAUGAUGAAACUGAAAAAAAAAUGAAGACAGUACCUAAAUACGUAAUAAAUAGGUCAGUUACAAUAUUAAAAGGACAAAUAACAAUGAAGGCUCACCAAUUAGAAUUAAGCCAUCCACAACUACAUGUAAAAACCGUCAAACCAGAAAACCAAUUAAUACACAAAAUUAAAAUUACAAUUUCAUGACAUAUUUAAUUCAGACUAAAAUAAAACCACUAUAUAAAACCCACCAACACAUCCCUAAAUAACAGAAACUCCAACACACUCUUAGAAAAAUACAAUUUCAACCCAUGUCAAGAGGAACCGCUCUACAAGGAACACAGGUAAUACAACUACACUCUUCCAUUUAGUACAAUGUAAAAUUAUAAUGUAAUACUAUCAAACAAUGAUGUCGUAGGAUAUGGAGGCCGCAAAGAACUACAUUGCAGAACUGGAUACAACAAAAAGAGACUGGAGAAUAACUGCUCGAAUAACCCGCAUGUGGGAAGUGCGGUACCAACCAACAAAUCCAAACCCGGAUACCAUAGACAUGGUCCUUCUCGACGAACAGGGAACACAAAUACAAGCAUUGAUAAAGAAGGCAUUAAUCAAUCACUUCAAGGACAAGGUAGCAGAAGGAAAGAUAUAUACACUGACUCAUUUCAGUGUUGGAAAAAACACCAGAUCACGACUACAAGUAGAGAAUGACUACAUCAUAUGGUUCAAUUCAUUUACUUCCGUAACAUUACAAGAAGAAACUGUUGCCGCAAUCCCGCAUCACAAAUUCAACUUGUGUCCCAUCGAGCAACUAGCUGAGCGAAACAAUAAAGUCGACAUACUCACAGUGGAGAACAAAAUCCACACAGCAUAUCAACGCCGGACAAUCCACAUGCAAGAUGAAAGGUAAGGACUACAUACAGGUAACAUACAAACUCAACAAACAGAAUAACAACGACAAUGCCUUGCAACAAGAACAACAAUAUUGCGGUAACGCUGUGGGGACCCCAAGCAGAUCUGAUCACAGAUGACAUACCAGACAAUGAAGCACAACCACAUAUAGUAAUAAUCACAGCUACCCGUGUAACAAUGUUCAAAGGGAACUACCAACUCAAUUCCAUAGGAGGCACUAAGAUCUACAUCAAUCUAGACAUCCCAGAAGUAGAACAGUUCAAGAGAAACAUGGAAGAUGUGCCACAACAAGAAAUCGUCCGAAUAGAAGUCAACCAGCCCGAGAGCUUGGAGGAGGCCAUGACCAAGAACCGGAAAACAAUAACAGAACUACAACAACUAUACAUGGAAGGAGAAGAAAACGAGAAUUUAAAAACCACUUACACUUGCGUGGCACAAAUCACAUUCAUCCAUGACCAAGAGUGUGGCUGGAUGUACACUUCAUGUAACAACUGCAAAUCAAGGGUGGAUGAGAACCAAUACUGCAACAAAUGCCAAGUUGUUCCAGAAUUCCCCAUCGAUAGGUACCGAUUAAUUGCAACAAUUGACGAUGGAAAUGCCACAAUGACUGUGGGGAUUUUUGACAAAGACGUGGAAAAACUUAUUGGCAAACCAAUAACAUCAAUGAUCAAGAUUUCAGAGCAGGAAAAUGGAGCAGAAAAGGUAUCAAAAGAGCUACAACAAUGCAUCGGGAAAAAAUGUACCCUGAAGCUCAAAGUCAACAACAAAGGAUACAUACAAUAGCUAACAGCUAUUAAGAUCUUCCAUGUGGAAACGGAUGACAAAAUAGUUGCAAAACGACAAGGGAAGGAAACACUAAAAGAAAUAAAAAAAGGAAGGCGAGCCAAACAAGAAAGCCAAAAUGAGUGGGACCACCACAACAACAAAGGAGAUACCUACAACAACCACAACCCCAACUACACACCAAGAACCAAUAAUUAUCGCGGACAACGGACCAACCUCAUGAAUGAUGAGCCAAAGGAAAAACGACAAACACAAAUAAAAAGACGUUUCGUCUAACUAGAACUUCUAGACUUCUUAAUACCAACAAUGAAAGGAUAAUCAAGGUUUAAUACAACUACUAACGAUUACAAUAGACCUAUUUCAUGACAGUUGGAUUAUUAUUUAGCUUCAUUACAUUAGU